AUGUCACAAAUAAACAUUGACUGGUAUGUCGCAAAUGUCUCAUUCUCCAGCUAUACACCCGUGCGCAUGUUCAAGCUCAUUGAUUUCACCUCCCUCGAAGAUAUCAAAGACGAAAUCCAUUAUCUAUUACCUUACCGAGAUAAUCGAAAGAUUGUGAAGCUCGAGUACCGUUCACCGUCGAUUGGAAACAGAGGAAAUAUUGAGUUUAACAAAUUUGAGCUCAAAACGCAAGCGGGUGUAAGGGCUAUGUGGAAUACGUUUUUCCGUUUCGAAAUAAAAGUUCUACUAGAGUUGGAAGCGACGAUUUCAAGAUCAGGCGAAGAUAUUCUGAAGAUGUUGAGACGUCCACCUGGAUAUUGA